UUCCUCUUUUUGAUCGCCGUCUCCUAUGAUUGCCUUCUCCCACUGCAUUCUGAUUGGUUCAUCUUCCGCGGUCCCCACCUUCCCGGCUAAAGCCUUUCUCUUUCUCCUUUGUGAUUGGCUAAGCUCGCUUUCCUCCUUAACACUCAUUGGCCAAGCUUUAGAGUGGAUGGCCUGGAGGUGCGUGCGCAAUCUGGGUGGUUGUCUCUCUCUCUCUCUCUUUCUCACUGCUGCUGCUGCUGCUUCUACCUGGGUAGGGGGGAGCGUGAGGCUCGCUGGCUUCCUCCCCCUCCCCCCUCCCCCCAUAGCACAGGCUUUGGCUGAGCAACUGGGCCGCAUCCCCCCCAUUGGGGGGGAGGGGGUAUUGUUAUGAUGGAGGCUGGGUCUGGUGAUCUCCCAUCACCCCCACCUCGGUAUAAUGCCCCCCGCUCAGUGCUCCACUCUCUUAAGGGGGUAGGCCCAGCUCCUGUGGCACCCACCGGGCCUGCAGACAACGUGACAACUUCACCCAUGGCAACGGCGAAUGUGGCAACUGUGGAAACUGUGGAAAAAAUCGUGGUGGACAAUGCUACAAUACCAGCAUCUUGCAUUGCUUCAGAAACUACAUCGACCACGGUGACCAUAGAGAUGUCUCUUGUGGCCAACAAUAAUGGAAACUUAGCAUCUCCCAUGCAGAUGGCAUCUGAUACUGGAGUCGUAGCUGUGGAUGGUCCAGUGGGAGGCCUAUCUUCUGUGGUGACGGUGCCUAGGGUCAAUUCAGUUGACCCCAUGCCUCCUAUGGCAACAGUCAAUGGAACAUCAGUGAUGUCAUCUCAUGAUGCUGGAAUGAUGUCAUCACCUGAGGCUUUUCCUGCAGAGACUGUGGUGAAAUCCCUCCCGAUUACACCUGCAUCACCAACAGUAGUAGUGGUGGCACCUAGCCCUGCAACUCCACCAGAGAAGACUCCACCCACCACUCCAGAGGGUUUGGCACCUCACGAGCCCCCUGCUUCGCAACCACUCCAGGAGAUGGGUUCUCAAUCGAGCCUGGGCACCUUGGCACCCAAGGCCCCUCCGGCUCCUGACACCUUGAGUUACUUGGAUUCUGUUAGUCUCAUGUCGGGCACCUUGGAGUCGCUCACUGGCCCUGGAUUCCUUGAUGAUGCUAGUUCCCUGGGCUCCGAUUCCGAGAUCAAUGGAUUGGCGUAUCGUAGAACAGACAAAUAUGGUUUCCUAGGGGGCAGCCAGUUUUCAGUUGCACUUGAGAGCAGCAUCCCUGUAGAUGUGGCCAGACAGCGGGAACUCAAGUGGCUGGACAUGUUUUCCCACUGGGACAAAUGGCUGUCGCGCCGAUUCCAAAAGGUGAAAUUGCGUUGUCGGAAGGGGAUCCCCUCUUCCCUUCGUGCCAAAGCAUGGCAACUUCUCUCAAACAGCAAGGAGCUCCUAGAUCAAAACCUGGGGAAGUUUGAGGAACUGGAGCGUCAGUCUGGAGAUCCGAAGUGGCUCGAUGUGAUUGAGAAGGAUCUACACAGGCAGUUCCCAUUCCACGAGAUGUUUGCGGCUCGGGGAGGCCAUGGGCAGCAGGACCUCUACCGCAUCCUGAAAGCCUACACCAUCUACCGGCCAGAAGAGGGCUACUGCCAAGCCCAGGCCCCUGUUGCGGCGGUUUUGCUAAUGCAUAUGCCUGCAGAGCAAGCGUUUUGGUGCCUGGUGCAGAUCUGUGAGAAAUACCUCCCUGGCUAUUACAGUGCUGGGCUGGAGGCAAUCCAGUUGGAUGGUGAGAUCUUCUUUGCCCUUCUACGGCGGGCAUCUCCCAUUGCCUACCGCCACCUGAAGCGAUACAAGAUUGAUCCCAUCUUGUAUAUGACGGAGUGGUUCAUGUGCAUCUUCUCCCGGACCUUGCCUUGGUGCUCUGUACUGCGCGUUUGGGACAUGUUCUUCUGCGAAGGGGUGAAGAUUAUCUUCCGGGUGGGCCUGGUGCUGUUGCGAAAUACGCUGGGCUCAAUAGACAAGCUGCGUUCAUGCCAGGGAAUGUACGAGACCAUGGAGAAGCUACGAAACCUCCCUGUUCAGGCCAUGCAAGAGGAUUUCCUGGUCCAUGAGGUGAUCAAUAUCCCCGUGACGGAAGCUCUCAUCGAGCGGGAGAACACCACCCAGCUGAAGAAGUGGCGGGAGACCAAGGGCGAGCUCCAGUACAAGCCCUCCCGCCGGCUGCACGGCUCGCGAGCCAUCUACGAGGAGUGCCACCGGAUGAACCCGCCCCUGACGGCCAGCGCCAGCCUCUUGAGCCUCACCGGCCUGAAGCAAAGGGUCUCUCACAGUACCGCAGGCGGCCCCUCCUUCUCUCCGGCACACUCCGUGGGCACCUUGGCCGUGUCCGCCGCCCCCGCCCCAGCCCCUCCUGUGGCCCAGAGCCAGAUGGUGGUCUCCGAAGGGCUGCACCCAGCUCUGCCCUCCCCAACGGGGAACAACGUGCCUUUGGGAGGCCCCAAGAAAACCGGAAGCAGCAGCAGCAAAGAGGAGAAGCGGAAAGAGAAGGAGCGGGAGAAGCAAGAGAGGCUGGAGAAGGAGAGGCAGAAGCAGGCGCGAGAGCAGGAGAGGAAGCUGCAGAAGGAGCGGGAGAGGCGGGAGAAGGAGCAGGAGAAGCAGGAGAAAGAGAAGGAGAAGAAGCAGCAGAAGGAGCGAGCCAAAGAGGAAGCCAAGCUGAAGAAAGAGAGGAAGCUCUCGCUGAGGAAAAAGGAGCCCAAAGCGCCCCCUCUGCCGCCCGCCGAGGAGGGGAAAGAUGGGGAAGUCCCAGGGGCGUCCGUGCUGCAGGACACGUACUUUUGAGUAGGGCUGGGGGGGCAGCACAAGCCCCGAUGACACCCUCCCUUCAGCCAAGGACCAAGGUGGUGGCCACCACCUGGAACGUCUGUCAUGGUCAUGGGACCCAGAGGACAGGAGGAGGUGUGCCCAGGGGAGUCGUUGUUGCUAUGCACUGAACCACCCAAGUUAGAGCCGCCGUGGAAUGGGGUGGGUGGGUGGGGGGUGUCUUUAAGUUGUGUCCAUGUUUCCACUUCCCUUUGUGCGCCUGAUUUGAGGUGGAUUUGACCCCCUUCUUCCUUGAUGAACAGGACCAAACCAAGAUAGCUGCUGCAUUCUGCGUGGCUACAGAAGGGGGCUGCACAUCCCACCCAAGUGCGGCUGUGCACAUGUCCCUGCCCGCACCUCCCAGCUUGGAGUCUUAACCAAGGAGGUUGUUGUGUUAUUAAUGAUAACUCCCACACACCCCUCUCCAGCAUUGUAUAUAGAAUCCUCUCUCCUUCGAAACUAUUAACCAUGCCAGGCUGCAUACACCACUUCCUUCCAAAAAGGCCAGUCAUAAGAGCAAAGUAUGGUCUCCCCUAACCCUUCCUCCAAUACGUUAACAAACUCUCCUUCCACUGGGGGUCAGUGCGGCCCUCGGAGCACUGCUAGGUAUUCCCCUGCUCCACCCCAAAUUGACAGGCUCCCAGGAGGCUCAUAUGAGAGGUUCCCCCUAGCCGCCACCCUCUUCCUCCUCUCUUUCCACCCGUACCCUCCCAUGCAUGGUUACCUACAAGUUAGGGUUGCUGCCGUGUUCCUUGACAGAGGCUCUGUACUCUGAGAGCCACGCAACAGGCAGAAAAUUUAACAAGGCUGGCAUUUCCCCAGCACAGAUGUGCACCAAAGUGGCGGACCUCGCCUGUUGUAUUUCUGCCUGUCAUGCAGCUGUAAGAAGCAGGGCUGGGGAAGUGUUGCGUUGGCAACCCUGCUCCCUGCAGACGUGGUCAUUCAGCUGCUCCUAAAACAACUCCCAUGCAGGGGUUUCUUAGCAGUGGUCAGGAAAAGGAAUUGGUACAUAGGAAUCUGGACAGCCAUUCCUGAGUGGAGAAGAGAAGUGAGAGGAAGCCAUACUUUGUGUUCUGCUGUUCAUUGAGGAGGGAAAGAAUCUCAUUCCUUGCCCUUGAGCAUGGCCUUCUGGCAAAAAACAUUCCUGAAGCAUAAGGUGGGGAAACCUUGGUUGGCCACUUCCUGCUGGCAGAUAAGAGGCAGUUGUGUUCGUUGCAUGCUUCUGCCACCACGGGGGAAAUCUUUGCAAUGCCGCCCCCCCCCCCAGCCAACAGUUUCCGUGUACUAUAAUAAGCCCUCGCCAUCUGGAAAGAUUUGUCCUUAAUAUUGUUAGAAUACAUCCAACCCCCAUCCUUCCUGGUUUCUGGUUGCAAAGGAGACAUCUUCAUUACAAAUCCAGGCCAGAUGGAAAUUAGUUGAAUGGGCAUGCCUUCAGCCAAAGGAUUCCUGGGAACUGUAGUUCUGAGAAUGCUUUCUAAGGUGAGAGCCCUGCAGCACAGACCAUUCUGAAGGGGGAGCUGGGGCAGUUCAAAGAGGUUUAAAAAUGGUUUUAGUUUGGAGUGUAGACAUGCCCAAAUGGUGUGUGCUUUAUUUCUCCCCCUCCCUCAGUGAAAAGUGAACAGGCCCCUCUAAAAUAACUGGAAUGCCGUUCUCUGUGGUAUGCUGUGCGACCACACUGGGGCAGCAUGUAUACAUACACUCACUCACUCUCCCUCUCUCUCACUCUCCUUUUAUGUUACCACAUGCUGGUAUUUGCUUACUAGGCCUCUGAUGGCCCUGAAAAAUCCAGCCAGUCAGAUUCCUGGCUUCUCAUUCUGUCUAGUCUAGAAAGGCCUGGGGUGUUAGUGGAUGUUAAUUAUCAGCAGAUUAGUGGGGACUGUGGAUCAUAACUUGAGGAAGUCUGUGAGAAGAGCGGUCAUGUGGAUGCUGGCAACUGGGAAACUGAACUCUUGUCUUGGUCAGAUUGAACUAGAACCGAGUCAGGACACGAAUCUUGCAACUCUUGCUUUUACGUUCCACAGCAUUGUUUCCUCCUUUUAGGUCAUGUUCUCUGCAGUUGUGAAUAGUUUGAAAUCAUGAACCUGUUUCAAAAUUUUGCUUCCCAGAAUUCACCUUUCCAAAAUGGCGGCUUCUCCUAGAGUCCACUGUCCUACCAAUGACCUAGCAAAAAAACUCCAUUAGCCCAUCCUCAUCUCUGUACAUAACCUCUUUCUCUAUAACACAUAUAUUAUAUAUAUGUUUCAGUAUUGUAAUUAUGUAUACAGAUACUUUUUUUUUUGGCCUUGUGCUCCUAUUUAAUGGGACAGACACUGGAAAUUAGGAAUUCAUCCAUUUCUCCCCCUUGCCUUUUUAAUUGUGUUUUUUUUUUUAGUCUCCCCCCCCCCCAAUCAGGAAGAGCAGAAACUUGGAAGUUUACAGCUGACAUCCCCUUGCUAUCCUCCUUGUUAAUUUUUUUUUUAUUUUUGUCGUUCGUGCCUCGUUCUCAUUGGAUUUUUUCAUUGCUUUGUUUAAAAAUGUUAACAAUCAAAAUUCAGAUUCAUUGUCUUGAAUGGGAUCAGCCACAUGGGGAUGGGUCAGAAUCAGAAUCACUUUAUUUCGGUCAUUGAUCAGAUAAAAUUACAUCAUACGAAUAUGUAUCGAGAUUUGCAAACAACAUAGCAGAACUUGGCCACCGAAUUAGAAAUCAUAGCAUUAAAACUGGACAGCAAGAAAUCAAGAUAAAAGUAAUCAGUAUGGCCAGGAAUAUUCUUCAAAAUUGGUAAGAUAAAAUUUGAACGGAUAUCCUUGUAAAAGUCACGAAAUAAGAUUACAUGGGUGAUGGAUCCAAUAGCGCCUGAGCCGUAGGGGCAUAAUCGCAAAGAGUAUGGAAUCCCCUUAAACUUCCCCUCUAAAACAGCUGUGGGGAGAGCAUUAAGUCGGGCGAGAGUUAGAGCACACCUACAUUUUGGGAUUUAUAUGUUACUUAAGUAGUCAGCAGGUUUCAGAUAAAAAGCUGAUUAGCCAUGUACAAGCCUCUCGGUAUUCUAGCUGCUUGGCCUUGUAAUUCAAUAUCGAGAAUGCGCUGUGUAAUGGCCCUCGGGGCAUGGAAAUGUCCAAGCCUAAUAAGUUCUUCCUGCAGGAGCCCAUAAUGUUGCAAUUUAGUUUUAACCAUCAGCUUGCAUUUUGAAUUGAACCCAUCGAUCAGAGUUAAUGAGGCCAAAGCCACUUGAGAGAAAUAGAGUUUUAACCAGAAAAAGGAUAAUGCACUGCCAGUAGCCAGAUUCCAAAGUGGUGACUCCUGCCUCCCAUCUGAGAAUGGAGUUUGAAACACAGCAAGGCACCUGGAAUAUGGAUCUAAAGAAUUUCGUUUGUAUA